GUUCCAUAGGAGAGAGCGAGAUCCCCAGAACCAGAAUACGGAGUGGCCGUCGAAGAUGUGUCUACUGGGUCACGAUUUAUCGCACCAUUAAAAAAAAAGCCAUAGCAUUUGGCCCUCAGCAGGCAUCCCAUGUGCCCACAUGCAGCAUAGACGUUGGAGCUUGAAGAACUUGCAGGCGAUCGGGAGCAGAAGAGGCGACAACAUGUGAGGAGAAGUUGAAGAAGCCCGCUUGAUUUCGCAACCUCGAUCCGUAUCUAUAGACAGAGUGAGAGAAGCAGAGACCGUCUUCACAAUAUAUUUGGAGAGAGAGAGAGAUAAGAGAGAGAGAGAGAUGAAGGAAGGGGCGGAUGGGGGAGGAGGGUUUGUCCGGGCGGAUCAGAUUGAUCUGCGGAGCCUUGAUGAGCAGCUGGAGAGGCAUCUGAACAGGGCGUUGACCAUGGAGAAGAAGAUGAAAGGAGAAGAAGACGUGGGGAGGAGGGAGAGAGAGGAGUGGGAGAUCGAUCCGGCCAAGCUCCUUGUAAAGGGCCUAAUAGCCCGCGGCACUUUCGGCACUGUUCAUCGCGGCGUCUACGAUGGCCAAGACGUCGCCAUUAAGUUACUGGACUGGGGAGAGGAAGGCAGCAGAACAGAAGCUGAAAUCGCUUCACUGCGAGCAGCAUUUACCCAGGAAGUGUCUGUUUGGCAUAAGCUUGAUCAUCCCAACGUAACUAAGUUCAUAGGUGCGACAUUGGGUGAGGCUGACUUGAACAUACAAACCGAAAAUGGUCAGAUCGGAAUGCCAACUAACAUUUGCUGUGUCGUUGUUGAAUACCUUCCUGGGGGUGCCUUAAAAACUUAUCUCAUAAAAAAUCAUAGAAGAAAGCUAGCCUUUAAAGUUGUAGUCCAACUAGCUCUUGAUCUUGCAAGGGGGUUGAGUUAUCUUCAUUCCAAGAAGAUUGUACACAGAGAUGUGAAGACGGAAAAUAUGCUUCUAGAUCGGUCAAGAACUUUAAAAAUUGCUGAUUUUGGUGUUGCGCGAAUUGAAGCACAAAACCCUAACGAUAUGACUGGAGAAACAGGAACCCUUGGUUAUAUGGCACCAGAGGUUCUAAAUGGAAAUCCUUACAACAGAAAAUGUGAUGUGUAUAGUUUUGGCAUUUGCCUCUGGGAGAUAUACUGCUGUGACAUGCCCUAUCCUGAUCUCACUUUCUCUGAGAUCACAUCUGCAGUUGUUCGACAGAACCUAAGGCCUGAGAUACCAAGGUGUUGCCCCAACUCUCUAGCAAAUGUGAUGAAGCGAUGCUGGGAUGCGAACCCCGACAAGCGGCCGGAGAUGGACGAUGUGGUCGCCAUGUUGGAAGCCAUUGACACAUCCAAGGGUGGUGGAAUGAUCCCUAUUGGCCAGCAACAAGGAUGCCUUCCCUGCUUCGGCAGGUAUAAAGGCCCUUAACUUUCUGUAAUAAAAAAAUGCUUUAUUGAGGUUCUUUGUUGAUGGUCUAAUUGCUGUUGACAGUUCACAGCGCUCGGUGGCCGGAAAUGUAUUUAUGGAGCCAAGCCAGUAGCAUUAUGUAAAACAUGUCAAUGACUUGUUUAUUUAUCACUGGAUUUGUUUCUCUUCUCAUAAUCUUAGUGUUGGCUUAUUUGCUUGCCCACAUGCUGAGAUAAUAAUUUGUAUUUACAAAAUAUGAGAAAUCUUCUUUGUUUAUGGAUUGAGACAAAAAUGGUUUUAUGUG